CGGAAGAGGAGAUGAUUAAUUCGGGCUAAGAGGGUGCGACAGAGGUGAUGUUGUAAUCACGGACAAGACAGAAGGGCACCGUGGGAGCGCUGUGCGGAGCUAAACAGCAGCCUGGUCGGCCACACGCCCCAUACAGCGCCGCGCCUGCACCCCCGAGCCCCACCGAGGGCUUGUGCCCGUGGGAAGCGGAGACCACCGGGCGCCUCUCCGGUGCCCAACCGGAUCCGCGUCGGGGCCCGCCCCGUGCGGGCAGGGCCGGGCUGGAAGUGACGCGAGCGGACGGGCGGGGCUGCGCGGCGCUGGUGGCGGAGGCCCCAUGUUGAUGUCCCCGGCGCCCUCCGCGUCUGCCUAGGUAACCAUGUCAUCCUUUCAAGAAGUUCCAUCUUCAGCUAGCACUUUGCAGACCUCCAAUUUUGCACAUGUGAUUUUUCAAAAUGUCGCGAAAAGUUACCUUCCAAACACACAUCUUGAAUGUCACUACACUCUGACCCAGUUUAUCCAUCCUCAUCAGAAAGACUGGGUUGGUAUUUUCAAGGUUGGUUGGAGUACAGCAAGAGAUUAUUACACGUUUCUUUGGUCACCUAUGCCAGAAAAUUAUGUGGAAGGAUCAACUGUUAACUGUGUGCUGACUUUUCAAGGAUAUUACCUACCAAAUGAUGAUGGAGAAUUUUAUCAGUUUUGUUACGUGACUUACAAAGGAGAAAUCCGUGGAGCAAGCACACCUUUCCAGUUUCGUACCUCUUCUCCUGUUGAAGAAUUGCUCACUAUGGAAGAUGAAGGAAACUCUGAUAUGUUAGUGGUGACCACGAAAGCUGGACUUCUUGAGUUUAAGAUUGAAAAAAUAAUAAAAGAAAAAGAAGAGCUGUUAAAGGUAACUUCUGUUCUGGAAAAGGAAACGACACAACUCAGAGAUCAAGUUGAACAACUGGAAAAAGAACUUAACCAUGAAAAGCAGAGAUGUGAACAACUGCAAGCAGAGCAAAAGGAAAGUAUUAAAGCGUCAGAAGAUUUUAAAAGGGAAAAUAAUGACUUGAAGAAGAAGCAUGAUGAGGCUGCUUCAAGAGUUCUCCAGCUUGAAGAAGAUAUCAUGACUGUUACUCAGAAAGCCAUUGCAAAAGAAACUGAGUUAGACAGUCUGAAGGACAAACUGAAGAAAGUGAUGCUUGAGAAGGAGCAACUUGAAUGUGUGUUAAAGACAGAAAAGGAUGAAAAAGAACUUUAUAAGAUACACUUGAAGAAUACAGAAAUAGAAAACACCAAACUAGUAAAAGAAAUCCAGAUGUUUAAGAAUUUGGAUGCAAACAAAGAAAACAUGAUAUCGUAUUAUAAAGAGGAGGUUGGCAGAUUACAGCUAUUAAUAGCUGAAAAAGAAAAUAUGAAGAAAGCUAUUUUGCACUCCUCAUCAGACAAGGAUGAGGCAAGUAUUUUGAAAGAGCAGCUUCGGAAAGCUGAAGAUCAGAUUCAGGCUAGCAAACAAGAAGCUGUUCUCAUGUCAAAAGAGCUGAGUGAUGCAGUAAAUGUGCGGGACAAGACGAUGGCAGAUCUUCACAGUGCACGGCUGGAAAAUGAAAAAUUCAAAAAGCAGCUUGCUGAAGCUUUAGCUGAACUCAUAAAAAUCACAACUUUGAAAAACGAGCAGGAAGCUUCAAACGCAGUGGAACAGGAACUGCGCAGAGAAGUUGAAGAUCUGAAGCUUCGUCUACAAAUGGCUGCUGACCAUUACAAAGAGAAAUUCAAAGAAUGUCAAAAACUUCAAAAACAAGUAAACAAGUUUACAGAACAGGCAAAAACUGCAGGGCAUCGACAGAAACUGACAGAUGCAUCUAACAUUGAGACAGCUACUGCCAUCCUUACUGACAAAAAGUUGUCUGCGUCUCCAGUUAGCUCCAUUUCACCUGACAUAGUUUCUGAAUCCGUGGUAAAGGAGCAAGUGCGUGAGAUGAAUAAAGAGAUUGCUGAGAAAACAGAGAAGUAUAAGAAAUGCAAGCAAAUGUUGGCAGAUGAGAAGAUGAAAUGCAGUGUUUAUGCUGAUGAAUUAGCUAAACUGGAGCUGAAGUGGAAACAACAAGUGAAAAUCAACGAGAAUAUAAAAUUACAGCUGGCAGCAAUGGAGGAUCAGUAUAAAAUUCAGCUGGCAGAAAAAGAGAGACGAAUAAAGGAGCUGGCAUCACAAUUGGAGAAGGAACUUGGCAGGACACCAGGAGAUCAAGCUGGAAGGAUGAUGGAAGGACAGACUUCACAGCAGACAUUACAUUUUCGCAACCCCUAUUCAGAGGAAAAUGGACCAGUUCCUGCAGUGCCAAGUAGACUACCAGUAUUGCAAUAUGGAAACCCUUAUGCAAUUCAGGAAAGAAGAGAUGGAGCAGAUGGCGCUUUUAAUCCUGAUGAGAUCCAAAGACCACCUGUUAGAAGUUCCUUUUGGGAGCUAGAUGAUGUAGUGUGUAGCCAGCCUUCACGCAAUCUCAGUCGGCCUGAUGGUUUAGAAGAUCCGGAGGAUAGCAAUGAUGAUGACAACACUGUACCUUCUGCUCCUGAUCCUCCAAGUCUACUCUUGCGUGAGCGGGGCACAGGCUUCUGCUUUGAUUCCAGUUUUGAUGUGCAGAAGAAAUGCCCUCUCUGUGAUGUGAUGUUUCCCCCAAACUACGACCAGAGCAAGUUUGAGGAGCAUGUUGAGAGCCACUGGAAAGUUUGUCCCAUGUGCAGUGAGCAGUUCCCGCCUGACUACGACCAGCAAGGUUUUGAGAGGCACGUCCAGACGCACUUUGAUCAGAACGUACUAAAUUUUGAUUAAAUACUUUGUUUUGCAGUGUAGCUUAAAACUCCACCACUUUUGAGUAGUCCAUCUCUGAAACAAAAGCAGUGCAGCUUUCUGUAACAGUGCAAACUUCUGAUUAAAAGCUCAUGUACUCUAAUGGGAGCCAUGGCUGUAAGCUGCUAUGGGGUUAUCUUCUCUCUCUGCCUAACACUGUACUAAGGAAACCCACAACCCCCCACUUUGUUGUGUAUGUAGCUAUUUAUUCCCCUACUUAGUGGAAUUUCUUCCCCUAGUUAGUGGAAUGCCUAAGGACACAGGAAUGACUGAGCCUCAGAAAAAACGAGACCGGCUUCAUGGUGUUCUUCAGCUACAUUUGAAAAAGAUCACCAAAACCACCUGUGGUUUCUCUUAACCUUGAUAACUGAGGCACAAUUAAAAAUGUAAUAAGCAGGUGUCUCUCCUAGCAAAUCCACGUAGUUUUUCUCUGAGUAACACUUAAAUUGGAAAGUUAUAUUACUUACCCUAUGAAAAUAUAGUUUUCUAGUACAUUUCUGAGAUGUAGAUGCAUGUACUGUGAGAUUCCAGGCUUGCAACAAGAGGAAUGGUAAAUACUUCAGUUUCAUAUAUAGAAUGUUUGCCUUAAGGGAUAACAUUAAAUGAGGUACGUUAUACUUCAAGGCAGUGGUUUUGAGUUGAAAGAGACUGCUGUGCUUAAAUGCCUACAAGUAAUUGUUUAAAAGUCAUUGCCAUUAUGUUGCAGUUUUAUUCGGUAGAAAAUAUUGUUCUAUUUUCACAACAGUGGAUUGUGUUCCUUCUGGCUUUUAAAACGUUUUGCGUUUUAACUUUAUGUAUUUCUUUCCAAUAAGUAAAAACGUGUGUAUAUCUAAAUAUUUUAUAUUUACUUUAACUGUAUUAAGUAAAUUUGCUUCCCACUUGCUGUACAGUAGUCUUGUUACAUUAAAAGCAGAAUUAUUCAUGGA